GCAGUCAUGUGACUGUCGGUCCACUUCAGUCCGCGCUUGCGAGAGGCCGCGGAGCCGCCGCUGCUGCCGGACCCUGGCGCCGGCCCGUCCCGGCCCGUCCCGCGGGGUGAGUCCCAUGUUGUCGUCGUCUCCUGCCCAGGUGUGUGAUGGUCCCAGGGCCUCCUGAUUCUCUCUGGCUGGGGCCGGCACCAAUGCACAGGCCCAGGUGCCCGGCGCUGCGCUCGCUGGGACUGGCUGUGGAGGUGGCGCUGGGCAGGAAAGGCGCCAUGUGGGCCGGGUGUGCCAGCAUCGUGGGCUGGUUCCUUUUCAUCCAGACAGUGCCCGGGGUGGCAGGUGGUCGUCCCUGCAGCCCCCAGUAUUUUGGCCAUGGCUUGAUGGCGUGUGAGUGCAACGCCACCUAUUGUGACACGCUGGACCCCGUUGUCAUCCCGCCCCUGGGCACGUACGCCAAGUAUGAGAGCAGCAAGGCGGGCAAGCGGCUGGAGCGCAGCGAGGGGAGGUUUCAGAGCGACUCCACGGCCCCAGAUCUGUUGCUGAAGCUGGACACGGCGCAGCGGUACCAGAAAGUGAAGGGCUUUGGCGGCUCCGUCACAGACUCGGCUGCAAUGAACAUCCUGUCCCUGUCCAAGGAGACCCAACGCCACCUGCUUGCAUCGUACUUCACGGAGGAAGGGAUCGAGUACAACCUGCUCCGCAUCCCCAUGGCCAGCUGUGACUUCUCCACCCACCCUUACUGCUAUGACGACACCCCGGACGACUACCAGCUCCUCAACUUCGGCCUGAAGGAUGAGGAUACAAAGCUGAAAAUCCCCAUUCUCCACCGAGCCAUGGCCUUGUCCAAGAAGCCGCUGUCCCUGGUUGCCAGUCCCUGGUCAUCGCCGGUCUGGAUGAAAACCAACGGAGAGAUGAAGGGGAAGGGAAGUCUGAAGGGGAAGCCGGGGGACAAGUAUCACAAGACCUGGGCCAACUACUUCAUCAGGUUCCUGGACGAAUACGCCAAGUACAACCUGAUUUUCUGGGCGGUGACGGCGCAGAAUGAGCCCACGGCUGGACUGAUCAACAACUACCCCUUCCAGUGCCUUGGCUUCACCGCUGAGCACCAGCGGGACUUCAUCGCCCAGGACCUGGGCCCGGCGCUGGCCAACAGCUCGCACAAGGGCAUCCGGCUCAUCAUGUUGGACGACAACAGAGUGCUGCUUCCACACUGGGCCAAAGUGGUGCUGGGUGACCCAAACGCUGCUCGCUACGUCCAUGGCAUCGGCGUCCACUGGUACCUGGAUUUCAUCGCUCCCGUAGCGGACACCCUGUUACCGACCCAUAACCUCUUCCCCGAUUACUUCAUCUUGGCCACAGAGGCCUGCACUGGGUCCCACUUCUGGGAGAGGGACGUUAUCCUGGGCUGCUGGGAUCGGGGGAACCAGUACAGCUACAGCAUCCUGACGAACCUGAACAACUUCGUCACCGGCUGGAUCGACUGGAACCUGGCCCUGGACCUGCAGGGGGGGCCCAACUGGGUCCAGAACUUGGUGGACAGCCCGGUCAUCGUGGACAGGAAAAAGGAUCUCUUCUACAAGCAGCCCAUGUUCUACCACAUGGGGCAUUUCAGCAAGUUCGUCCCCGAGGGCUCCCAGCGCGUCGGGCUGGUUGUCUCCAAGAAGAGCUGCAAGUGCAGCAUGGAGUAUGCAGCCUUCCUGCGCCCGGAUGGCGCCGCCGUGCUCGUGGUCCUGAACAGGUACUCCACGGACGUGCCGUUCGGGAUCUCCGACCCAGGCGUUGGCUUCAUGGAGGUUGUGGCUCCGGCUGACUCCAUCCAGACCUACCUGUGGAGACGGCAGUGAGAAGGCUCGGGAGGCCGGGGCAGAGGAAGGUGGGGGGCGUGGGGAGGACUUGCCAUUCCAGGCAGCACAGACAGGGCUGAGUGGGGCCCUCAGGGAGGCCAGCGCUCACCUAGAUCUGCCCCUUGCAAAGCACAGCACCUGGGCAGGGGCAGAGCUGAGCCGAGCCCCAAGCCUGCAGCAGGUCUAGACCCAGCUGGGCUCUACUGGACCCGGGGACAGAGGGAGCAGGGCUCCCUUUGCCCCACAGGAGUGGAGAACCACGCUCGCUGCUGCUCUGCCAAACAGCAGCCGUCUCUGGCUCUCUCUGGACCCCCGGCCCGGUCUCCAGCGGAGCCUAGCACGUGGGCAUGUCUAGCUGAGAGCUGGGCACCUGUCUGGAGCUUUACAUCAACCGGAAGUUAAAACCCCACCACCUCUCCCCUCCCAUGCGCUGUGCCCCAGGCUGUCCCAUCCCAGUGACACUUCCGUGGGUGUCUCCAGGGCAGGGCCCGGCUUGAACCAAGGAGACUGGAACAGCUGGGUCCGGAGGGGAAAGACCCCUGAGCAUGCUGGGAAAUAGUCUCCUUUAUAAACCCCUGCUGGAGGCUCAGUCCGCAGGGUGGUAAGCGAGGCCCCCAGGACGGUGGCUUCAUGCGGAGAUCCAAUGGGCAGUCGUUGCGCAGCCGCCGGGAGCUGUCACCCCUGGGUUGAGCGCUGCUCACCGUAGUCUGCCCCAGGGAGGUCCUUCUUUGGCUCCCAACCUCCCGCUGGCUUGCUGGGCUGCCUGUUCUGCUGCCGUCUGUCGGCAUCUCUGGCCUUCCCCCUUCGGGCUGCAAGAGAUGGAAUCACAGGGAGCUCCUUGAGGUUGGCCCCCACCCCAGACAGUGGCUGAUAAUGGAACAGGGGGUCACAGACCAGGGCCCAGUCUCGUUCAGACUCUGGGUUCUGCAUUCCUUGUCUCUGUGACAGAAUCGGCCUCCAAUGGGGCAUGCUGGAUGCUGGUUUCCCCCCCCCUACAGGCUCUCCCUGCCUGGGAGCCCUUGGACCAGGGACUUUGCCUGGCAGAGUUCAUGCUGUGGAUGGUGCUGUACGCACUGAAUAAUUGUUGACUAGCAAGGGGUGCAGCGGCCAGGGAACAUGCUGCUCUGACAGCACCUGCUCCAGGCUGUAGUGACUUUCCCUGCAUCACCUGCCCCGGGCCUGCAGGCCUGAGGGAGAGGAAAUAGGGAAUGGGUGAGAGAGCGUCUUUACCUUUUCUGCAAAUAGCAGAGCAAGGGCCCAGCAGAUGAAAAUUGAAAGGAAAUAAAUGUUCAAAGUACAUUAAAAGAAACAAUUUUAACAGGGUACAUAAUUUACCUGUGGCACUCACUGCCACAAGAUUUCACUGAGGCCAAGAGCUGAUAGGAUUCCAAAAAAGCAUUGGCCAUUGAUAUAGCUACUGAUUAACACCCAUAGUUACAUUUUGAGAGGAUAAAACCAAAGCUUGUACAAAAUCUAAACCCUCUUGCUUCCGAGUGUGACCCAGGGACUCACUGCUCUAGGAGGGACGAGGAGACCUGUGGCCCCGAGACUGAAGCGGAGUCCUUUUGCACGUAAAGCAGGUGUUUCACCACUGGUUUAUGUAUGAGGAACACAGCACACUUUCCUCCAUGUUCCAUCUCUUACUGUUUGAGCACAGAAUGAAAUUUCUGAACAUUUCCAAGUAAUUUGGUUCGUUAUUUUGAAUAAAAAUUAAUUUAAAAUGGUUCCUUUAAGAAGUUUA